CUCUGCCCAGAGAACCUAACCCUCCCAUUGGUCUAAAACUAACGUAAUCAUCUUCUUUUUUUCCUCUUAAUCACCAAUCCAUGUCUUAAAAAUCAUAAAAUUCUUAUCGAUUGGGUUUUCAAUUUUGUAAUACACGAUACACACACUUCCCCUUCUUUUCUCAUUUCUGCUCAAGAUUUCAUCUUUUUCUCUUUUUUUCCAAAAAGGCACACGCAUUGUGAUUUCUCUAAACCCUAAUCACAGAUCCAAAAUUUUUCUUCGGCUUAACCUCAAUUGCUAUUGAGUUCCACAAUUUCUUCUUAUACAGCAGAUUUACCCUUAAAAGUUUGGAACUUUAAGGGUAAAUCAUAUUGAAGGUUAGGAUUUUUUUGCAAUGAGCUGAUGCUACUGUGAUUUUUCUUUAUCAAUUACAAUGCAAUCGAAAACCCAAAUUCUUGCUCCAGCUUUUACCCUUUUCCCAUCUCUUAAACCUCCAAACAAGACCCUAACUUUUCACCAAUUUACAGUCUUAGCCAUCACCUUUCUCGCUUAUGCUUCAUUUCAUGCCUCAAGAAAGCCACCAAGUAUUGUAAAAGGUGUACUUGGACCCAAAAUUCAAUUGAACUCUUCAACGAUUGAGUCUAAUUUAACUUCAUUAGAAUCCAAUGGUACUGGUUGGGCUCCCUUUAAUGGCCCUAAAGGGACUCACCGGCUUGGUGAGCUUGAUCUUGCAUUUUUGUCUGCAUAUUCAAUAGGAAUGUAUUUUGCAGGACAUGUUGGUGAUAGGAUUGAUUUAAGGUUGUUUCUUGUUUUUGGAAUGGUGGGUAGUGGUCUUUUGACCAUUAUUUUUGGGUUAGGUUAUUGGUUUAAUGUACAUUUGUUAGGAUAUUUUGUGAGUGUGCAGAUUUUGUGUGGUUUGUUUCAGUCUAUAGGGUGGCCUUGUGUGGUGGCAGUGGUUGGGAAUUGGUUUGGGAAAGCUAAGAGAGGGUUGAUAAUGGGGAUAUGGACUUCCCAUACAUCGGUAGGGAACAUUAUUGGGUCGGUUGUGGCAUCUGGGGUUUUGGAGUUUGGUUGGGGUUGGUCAUUUGUGGUGCCCGGAGUUUUGGUGAUUUUAGCUGGGGUUUUGGUGUUCCUGUUUCUUGUUGUUAAUCCUGAAGAUAUUGGAUUUGAGACUCCAGGGAAGGAGAUUGAAAUGGAUGUGGAGGUGAAUGGUUUGGAGAAUUUGGAGAAGGUGGAAUCAGAAGAAGCAGGGCUUCUUGGGGAGGAAAACUUGGAUUCUACCGCAGCCAUCGGAUUCCUGGAGGCUUGGAGAUUACCUGGUGUGGCACCAUUUGCUUUCUGCCUCUUCUUUUCAAAGCUAGUGGCGUACACUUUUCUAUACUGGUUGCCCUUCUACAUAAGUCACACAGAUGUUGCUGGCGUGCAUUUGUCCCACAAGACUGCUGGAAUUCUUUCAACGGUAUUCGAUAUUGGAGGAGUCUUUGGCGGAGUUUUGGCAGGAUUUAUAUCUGAUAUGAUUGAAGCUCGGGCAGUGACUUCAAUAGUAUUCUUGCUUCUAUCAAUUCCAGCCCUUGUUCUGUACCGGGUUUAUGGAAGCGUGUCUAUGCUCCUCAAUAAUGCUUUGAUGUUUCUUUCUGGGCUGCUUGUAAAUGGCCCGUAUGCUCUAAUUACAACAGCUGUUGCAGCUGAUCUUGGUACCCAGGACUUGAUUAAAGGAAAUUCCCGAGCCUUAGCUACUGUGUCUGCAAUUAUAGAUGGCACAGGUUCUGUUGGGGCAGCUGUUGGCCCCCUUCUGGCAGGGUAUAUCUCCACAAGAGGAUGGAACAGUGUCUUUCUUAUGCUUAUUGUUUCUAUAUUCCUUGCCAGUUUGUUCUUGAUUCGAGUUGCGAAAAGUGAGAUUAAAGGGAUGCUGAACGAUGGAAAAUGGCUUUCAAACAAUGCAACUGCUCAAUGAUGGAAAGUGCUUCUAAGAUUAUCGUCUGUAUUCCUUUUACAUCUAGUCAUAGAACAGGUUCCAUGGAAAAACACUUGGAUAUAAAGGAUCCUGCAAGUAUACAUGUCUGUAUUUUGUAACUCAUUCUUUGAUCAGAUAUAUUCUUACUUUCUGUUGUACAUGUACAAACAAAGAUACCAAUAAUAUAAGCCUUCUACAUUCUACACUA